UUAGGUCCAACUCGACCGUUGCAACCGCUCUCCGCUCUUUCCUCUCUCUCUUCCUGCGAUUUCGAAGCCUAGGAAAAAGAAAAAUUGUUUAUAAAACUCCUUCCAAACAGCUCUUCUUCUUCACCAUUAGAUUCCUCUAGCUUGAUUUCCACCUUGACCUUGGAGAACGCCAUGGAUGCAGAGCUUCCAGUUUUCACCCAGGAAGAGAUGGCCAUCGACGAAGCUCAGGGAUUCCCCAAGGCCUAUGGCCUGCUCUGUAAAAACUCAGUGACCAUUAGCCCUUUCGCUCAUGGACCUCCCCAUUCCUUCAUUCCAUAUGCCUUGCAGUCUCAAGAGGUUUUAAAAGUCAAGAAAUUGAACCAGAUGUUCCCCAUCAUUGAUCCCGAAGCUUGCUCUUUUGAGAAUCUGAGAAGUUAUGUCGAUUUCCUCUGGGAGAAACUUGAUCAUCUCGGGAAUGCUGAAUUCGAACCUGCUUUGUUUCGAGUAGAUUGUUUUGGAAAUGUAGUCUACCGUAACGCUGAUCCGGCUUCUCCUCUUGCUUGGGACAUUGAUCACUGGUUUCCUUGCUCAAGAGGAGGUAAAACAGUACCAAGUAAUUUGAGGAUACUACAGAGGCAAGUGUGUAAAAAGAAGAAGAACAAGUUGGAUUUCCUAAUUCCAUGGUGGGAUCUUCAGCUGGGCAUCUCAGUAAACCAAUUUCUAUCUAUAUUUGGCUCAAGGAACUUAGAUUUCAGGCGUAGAGCAUUCUCCUUCUUCUUCCCAGACGGAGGAGGCGAGGAACUUAAUUGUUUGCAGAAUUUAUAUUUACAUAGUUUCACUCAAAAAUUCACUGAUGCCAAAAGUAAACAAGGACUAGCUGCAGUCACAACUUUAUUGUCACAAAAUAGUUCUGACAGAAUGGUACUGAAGUCUGUUGAUCUUAAUAAAUCCUUGAGGCAAAACUCUCCUUUCCCUGCAUCAAUGAAAUCAUUUCAUAAAGAAGAUGUUGCCAACCAAGAACUUCGAAGACUUAGAUCAUGUAUCUCAAAAGAAAAUAAUCAACCUCUGGUGGAUGAUCAUGAGAGCAAUCCAUAUCUAACAAUUUCACAAGCAAGGGACUCAUUGAGGCAGAGAAAAGAGGCAAGAAAGUUACAAGCAGAGAUUAGUCAGCUGGAUGAAAAAUUGAAUGAACUGAAGCAGAAGAGUUAUCUUGAGCGACUUACACUUAAAGAGUUGGAAGCAGAGAUAGUAAAGAGGAGAAAAAGAGUAGAGAAGUGCAGACAAUUGUCGGAAGCCCAGGCCUGCUACCAUUCCCUCCUGGAAAAGAUGAUGAAGGAUGCCAUGAACCAGACUGUUGUUUACAAGGAGCAACUAAGACUAAAUCAGGCGAAAUCAAAUACUAUAAUGGCCAGAUUGGAGGCACAAAGAGCUGGCCGUGAUGCUUCUGAGAAUGCGCUCCGCAGAAAAUGCAAACAAAGAGAUGAACUGGAGGUACAUGCCAUAGCUUGCUCUGAACAAGGCCCAAAAAAAUCACAAAUAUCUGAUGAUUUCCAGGAGAACAACAAUAGUUUAUCAUCAACCAAGAGAGUAAGGAGGCCAACAAAAAAGAAACUGAGAGUGUUUCUUGAAGAGGAACAAAAGGCUUUUGAGGCUGGCAUCUCUCUAUCUUUUGAUGACCAAGAAGAGUUGGAAGAAAGUACGAGCAAUGCUAAUGACGAGGAAGAUCAUUGUCAAACAAGUAAGGCAAACAAAAUCAAAGAUGACAUUCUCCUUAAUAGUAAACUAAAAGGCAUUGCUUUAGGAGAGGAAUCAUACGAAAGAACUAACGACCAGAAGAGGCAGAUUUCAUAUCCUUAUAGUUCAUUAGACAUUGUGGAAGGGGAUGGUACAAAUUUGUUUUCUAAGAAUAAAAAUUUGAAUGUCAGCAACAAGCUUAAGCAAAUUCAACAUAGGGAGCUCAAUGUUAUCAAGACUAACAAAUCCUGCAAAAAGAACAAUGACCCUGAGAACCAUACAUCAUUCCCUUCCCACUCAUCCUACAAUGUUAAGGGACUUGAUGCAAUUUUAGUUAGCAACAAGCUAAAGGAAGUUCAAAAGAGAGGGCUUGAAGCUAUCAAGUUGAAUGAAUCACAAAAACAAUGGAAUCUUCACUCAAGCUCACAUGAACAGCAAGAAGAGAAUAUAGAAUUUCAGAACCGAGUUGGAAAGGUUAAUGUAGAAAAAUGGCUUCAGAUUCUGUUACAGAACGCAAAGGAAGGUUCACCAUACUCAGGUUCACACCCAGCUCCAAGGAAAUUUGAUAAACCAACAAUCAACACCAAUAUUGAAAUCAAACAGAAUGAAAUCGAGCCAAUUACAAUUACUAAUGCAAGAGAGAAACAAUGUUCUGACAAAAUGGAUUCAGAAAAGAGAUUUAAUACUACUGGAAGUGCUUGGAAUGUUGCAAGUACAAGUAGGAAGAGUUCUAAAGUAGAGGACAAUGAGGAAAUCAAAGCUGAUUCACCAAAAUGUGAGAGUUCAAGAAGGUUUUUAUCAUUCCUUUCAUCUCCUGCAAAAAUAUGGCGGAUGAGAAAGGGAGUUGAAUGGAUGAGAAGGAAACCAAAGUUUACAAGUGAUGAUGAAGAUGUUAAUCUAAGUUGCAAUUUCAUGAAUAGCAACAUGAUCAGCAACAUUGUCUCAAAAACAACCAAGAAAGAAUCAAAGAAAUGAGAUUUUGUUGUGUAUAUUCUGAAUCGUUUUUCUUUUGAUGAUUUAUUUGUAGUCAUGACUGUUUCCAUGCCUGAAUCAAAAUAACAUUUGCUA